ACGUCAAAGUAUAAAUCUGGACCCGAUCCAUAAGUAAUCAGGACUCGGAAAAGUAUAUGACUGCGCAUUAGAUCGCUUGCAGAACAGGGGAAGACGAUCGGUGCUAAAUGAUUCUUCAAGAAAUGCAGAAAGCUAUAGGUGCUUACAGGGAAGUGCUAAGGCUGGUGAGGCGACUACCGAAGGACUCAAGGCCUUACUACGCAAAAUACGCCCGAGAAAACUUCGUCAACUACAGAGAAAUCGACUCAAAUGAUCCAAAUGCUCUCCAAGAACUCCUUCAACGAACUUACAAUCAUUCCCUCUGGGUCCUCAAAAAGUAUUCAGUAGACCAAUCUGCGGCGGAUCGCUUGAGAAAUAUAUGCUCUGACUGAUGGUUCGUCUUGUCUACCAACUGUUUGUUAUUAGUUCACAAAGAGAUUUGUUUGUUUGUUGCUCUUUAUUUUCUUGCUUCUACUUUGAAUUGUGAUAUUCUGCAAUAGACACUUGGUAUAAAGUUUCUGAUACUUCAUAAUUUUGGGUGUCUGUUAUUAGGAUACCAUAAGUUUACUAUCGGAUACCAGAAAGUAAAUUGUGGAGGUUGAACAACAUUUUAAUAUAAAGACCUAAACAUUUCCUUUUA